AUGGCUCCCAACGUUGGCUUGGGGACUCAAGGGCCGGUACAGCGAGGAUGGGGUCUCUGGCUCACCAGCGUGCUGGCUGUGGUCAUUGCCGCACUUUUUGUUGCUGCGAGGCUCGGCCAGCGACUCACCAAAAGGAGCGGCUUUGGCAUGGAUGACUACAUGAUUAUUGUAGCCUUGAUAUGCUCAGGGCUGCUAUCCCUGACAGAAUGUCAAGCUGUUGUGUAUGGCUACGGCAGACACUGGACUUCACUUCCGCAUGACUCUCGCAUGACAGCUCGCAAGUGGUUCUACGGCGCGAACAUCAUGUACAAAGUCGUCCUCAUGUUCAACAAAAUCUCCGUCGUUUGCCUAUACUACCGCAUCUUCUCCGUCUCCACGAGAUAUUUCCGCAUUGUCUGCCACGUAAUGAACGGCUGGAUAAUCUCAUCGGGGCUCGCAUUCAUCAUCGCUACCGUUUUCCAAUGCACACCAGUCGCUGCUUUCUGGGACCGAAGUAUACCGGGCUUCAAGUGCUUCAAGAAUGAACCCUGGUGGAUCUCCUACGCUACCACGCAGAUCACCACAGACUUUAUGCUGCUGGCAAUGCCUAUUCGCCAGAUCCUGUUGCUCUCCAUGGGCAGAGCUGAGAAGUUGGGUAUCUGCCUGGUUUUUGGCACUGGUGCCUUCGUUACCUUUGCAUCCAUCUACCGCGCGACCACAAUCGCAUCAUCGGCUAGCAACCCUGACCCGACCUGGGGCCCCGUUCCAGCCACAAUAUGGUCCGUUAUUGAAGCUAACACUGGCAUCAUCUGCGCCUGUCUUCCGAUGCUCCGCGCUCCCUUUGUGCGCUUGUUCGGACCGCUUCUUGGGUCUCACACUCGCCGUGGCAGCACGGGAAGACGUCCAUCCCACCAGCUUACUUGGGGAAGUGGCCAGCCCCGUCUUGGAAGCCAUAAAACCGAUGUCUCUCACGUGCUACCUGCCAUCGAUCGCGACAGUGAGGAAGGGAUUGUCAAGGACGAGGACAUCCUGGCCGACGGCAGGGCGAUUUCACAUAGUCGAAGAGGAAGCGGCAUCUUCGUGACGAAUGAGUUUAGUGUUGUCACCGAGCUGGAAAAGAAGAAGCGCCAGUCUCAAUGUGACGGCCAGGACGGCGAUACACUCGCGACGAGUAGCGUCAAUGAAGACAAGACGGAUGGAAAGAGCCCCUUUUACCACGUUUGAGAAGAAGCAUAUACGGCCUCGCCACUUAGCAUGCAGCAUCCUUUUUGAUUUGGUCAUUUCACUCUCACGAUUUUCUAUUGUUUUCGAAGAUACCCUUUGUUGUUGCUCGGCAAGCUGCGUUGCUUCUUUCAUGCC